UCCGCAGGCGGGGGUGGGUGCAGUCGCUCCCGGAAGUAGCUCUUGCGCGUCCCGGAACACGAGCCCCUUCCCCCGGCUCCGCGGGGCCUUUGGCGCCUUCCCGAGGCUCCCGCGGUGGCUCUCGGGGGCCGGCCGAGCGGCGGCGGGUCACUGCCGGCCGUGGUGGGGCGGUCGGCUGCGGCGGGAGCCGCACCUUGCUUCGCGUGCCUGGUCUCAGGGGGCCUAGGUUCACGUGGAGGCUCCCCACGGCACCUGCCUCAUAGUUCUCAUCCUGUGCGCCUCCGUGGAAGGGAGAGAGGGGCAGUAGGACUGUUGCUGCCGGUGACUGCACGAGACCCCACCUCUACCCAGGGGGUCCAUCCGGAGUUGGGGCUCCUGGAACGUCACCUUGGGUACAGCCCAGGGGCACGGGACUCAAGAGACCUAAGCUCUACUCCCUCGGCCUGAGCUUACAGCAUCCGGCACCUGCUCCUCUUCCAGGGAAACCUGCCCCACAUCUUGGCAAGCCUGGGCCCAUCUCCUCAUUUCCCGCAAGUUCCCAAGCAUGUUGCCAGUAGAAAAACCCAGGAAGCCCCACAAGAGACGUACACGUUCAGGUUCAGCGGGCCAGGAGCCGCCUCUCUGUGCCGACUCCUCCGUGACUGGACCCAGGAGCCCAGCGGCUCCCCCGACUUCUCCUGACUCCGAGUUUCACACCAGAGUUACCAGUACCGCUCACGGACUUGGCUGGGGUGCUGUGGGGCGCCUGCUGGAGACGGAGGUUAAGCUAGAGUUUGUAGAUACAGAAGAGAGGGCUGUGAGUGGCCAUAGGAGAACUGGGUCCUCUGUCUCCCCGAAAGGAAGCGGACAGGAUCGGCCUCCACAGAGGAAGAGAUCUCAUCCUCUCCCCGCUUCCUCGUCGGUCCCGUCACGUGACCAGGUGUUCCUGGGAGAGCAGGAAGAAGGCACCCCAGGCCUCCAUGUCUACAGCGAGAAGAGAAAAUCCUGCUCCCGGGGGAGCCCCGACCUUCACGCCGCAGCCUCCCGCGCGAAGUGCCUGGCCAGCCCUGAGUGGAAUAAGCCAAAGGGAGACUCUGGCCUCUCUAACCUCAAAUGUGUGCUUGGGCAGGAGCCCCCUGGGCAGCCUGAGAAGAAGGCGUCCAAACCGAAGGUGCGCGGACAGAGAGAGGACGGGGAGCCCACACUAAAGAAGUCGAGAGACCCAGUGCUCAGCCUGGGCCAGUCCCCCGCGGCCACAGCGCCGGUCCAGGCGGCCGGUCUGGACAGGUCCGAGGUGGGCCAGCCCCGUGAGAGCGAGAAGGUGAAGCAGGCUGACGUCCUCAUAGCCCAUCUGGCCAGGGAGGUGCGCCGCCUCAGGAGGUGGAAGAAGAGGCAUUUGCUCGCUGCUGUCGGGGAACCAUCGUCCCUGGAGAGCCUCCAGAAGCCGCCGUGCCUGAAGAAGCUGGUCAGAAUUCUGAAGGCAGAGACCAAGGGCUGGGAUUUCCCCAGGCAUUCCCCCGGCGGCCUGGACACUGCGGGGCAGAAGCCAGUGUCCGACAUCAGACGGUUGUUCACUGCGGACUGCAAGAAUGUCUGCCACGUCACGUGCCCUCGCUGUCAUGCUAGCGUCCCACAGGGCAGAUGGAAGGGCCAUUUCCAAACCUCGGGCCUGCUCCGUCACUUGGUGGGUAAGCACGGGCUGGAGAGAGCGAGGAGGCCAGCCGCCGCCAGCCCAGGGGAGAAAGGGGAAGGGACCGAGGAGAAAAAGCGCAAGGGCCUGCCCGCCAGUGCCAAAGGGCUCCCGUCAGCAGGACACGGCCCCAGUGCCUCCACUUCAGGAGACAGUGGCCAGCAGCUGGCCCCGGGCAGGCCUGAGCCACUGUUCCUGGCUCCACCCCUCUUGCCUGCUUCCACCAAAGAUGAACCUGCUGCUCUCCCGCUAGCGGUCGUGGAGGGCCAGGGAGGCCCCUGCACCCCCAGCCUGCCCCGAGCCCAGGCCUGGAACUUGGGCAUCGCAGAGCUGCUCUGUAGCCUGGCCUUGCCGCUCUCCUUUGUUUCGGCCCCGCCUUUCAGAAGGUUUAUGGCCCAGGUGGACCCUUGCUACCACGUGCCGCCUCCAGCCUUCUUCUCCGAUACGGCGCUGCCUCUGCUGCACACGGCCGUGGGCGAGCAGGUGUGUCGGGAGAUGCGGCUGGCCGAGGGCGGCUGCGUCCACCUCACUGUGUCCACGGCAGCCCGGGACUCUGCUGUGGACUACGUGGCCGUCACUGCCCACUGGGGGGCAAUACGUCCAGGCAGUCGGCAGGGGGCGUCGGAGAGCCCCAGGAAGCAAGCUGUGCUCUGGGUUCGAGGCCUGUCCCAGGAGAGCACCGCGGAGGAGAGGCAGCGGGAGCUGUGGGAGCAGGUCAGCCUGUGGCUCAGCCGCACCUCCCUGCAGCCGGGCUUCCUGGUAUCAGGCAGCUGCCUCAGCCUGGAGCAGGCCGUGAGGACGGAGGGCUACACCCACCUCCCCUGCUUUGCCCACUGCCUCGACUCCCUGGUGACAAACUUCCUGUGUCACCAUCAAAGCGUCCAGAUCAUCCUGGGGACGGUCAGGGCCAUCUGCAGUCACUUCCAAGGCUCCGCCAGGGCCCGGCAGCUGCUCACACAGCUGCAGCGGCGGUGCGGCCUCCCGGCCCAGCAGCCCUUUUGGGAGCUCUCAGACCACUGGGUGUCUGCCUUCCGCCUGAUGGAGUGGCUGGUGGGGCAGCAGCGGCCGCUGCGGGAGUACGAGGAGGAGCACCAGCUGGGCAAGGCCAGCUCGGCCCUGUCGGCCGUGUUCUGGAGCCUGACGGACAGUCUCGUCACGCUUCUACGGCCCUUCCAGGUGGCAGUUCGGGAGGCGAGCGCGGCUCGGGCUUCUCUGAGCCAGGUGCUGCCACAGCUCCGCUUCCUGCACAUCUUCAUGGAGCAGGUGCCCCAGCACUUCGAGGAGCAGGGCGGCGUGGAAGUGGGGGCCGCCGUGCGGCUGGCCAAGGGCCUGGCCCUGCAGCUCACCACAGACCAGCAGCUCAACGAGCUCUUCCACCGCAAGGAGUUCGUGCUGGCAACCCUUCUCGACCCCCGCUUCAAGGGCCGGAUCGAGGCCAUCCUGCCCACAGGGGCCGACAUUGACCACUGGAAGCAAGUUCUCGUGUACAAGGUGAAGGAGAUUAUGGUGUCUGAACACCCCUUGCCUCCCUCGCCCUCCCCGCACGGCCCCCAGACCACGCAUGCAGGCGCUACCCUGCGCGGUGGGGGAGCCAGAAGCCUUGGGGCCGAGGAGAGGGGCCAAAAAGAGCCCGCGGGGAGAAGCGGCUCUGGGUCUCUGCUGCUGGGCCGGAGGGAGAGGAGCUUGCUGGAGCAGCUGGAGAGUGUGGGGCUGCUGGCGUCCGAGAGAAGCGGUGCCUCCCUUGCCACUGAGAGCCACCUGGCCAGCAUCAUCGUCAAGAAGUACCUGCGUGAGAAUGAGACGAUCGGCGCCCAGGAGGACCCGCUGAUCUACUGGGAGAAGAGGCAGGAGGUCUGGCCGGCCCUGGCAAGACUGGCAACUGUCUAUCUGUCCUGUCCCCCAACAGGGGCCUUCUCUGGAAGUGUCUGUGCCUCCCUGGGCAGCCGUGCUCUGGUGCAGCACAGCACCCCUCUCCCAGUGGGGACCGUCGAGCGUCUCCUCUUCCUGAAGACCAACCUGGAGAAUUUCCCCAACUACACCGCCCCUCCCCCCCUCUUCCCCCAGGAAGGCCUGGCCGAGGGGGACGAGGCCGGCGAGGCCGACCUCUGCCUGAUUGUCUGAAAGUCCGCCUGCAGGAGAGCUCUGCCCGAGCUCGGAGGGGAGAGCACACCCAGCACUCCAGGCUGUUCGACGGGGGUGUCUGGAAGGAGUGGGGACAGCCUGUCGUUUCCUGACAGGUUGCCUAUUGCCUCCAGGGAGAUGUUUUCCGUCCAGCCGUCACUCAAUUUGUUUCCAGCAGUUUGGGCGUAGAAGAGGUCACAUCUGUCAGGAGGUAACUGUAAAUCAUCCUGUGCUCUAAGCCUCAGUGCGGUUUGCCAUGUGUGUGGGCAGUGAGGGCCCGUGCAGCUUGUCUCUGUACGUCACAUGCCCUUAAGGGCUCUGCCUUCUCAAACAGCGACCAGGGACGAGAAGAGGCCUGGGUGCUGGCAGGUGGGAAAUCUCAGCCAGCGAGGCCAAGUAAGCUAGGCAGCCUUUUCCGCAGUUGGCUUUUGCUGUAGAAGAAAGAAGCGUGUGCUACAGUAGCCGUGUUAAGAGGGAAGCUUAUGCACACACGCACACACCCGUCUUCUCGGGGUCGGUACUUCCUUGUGGAUCCCAGAGUGGCCAGAGCAUCCCUGCCGAUGGGACUGUCCAGCCAGGAGAGCUGAUGGAACCGUGGUUGGUUUCCAGACUGCUGGAGGCCCUGGGGUUUCUUCCUUGCCUCAGUGAAAGCGGUCUCAGGAAGAGCUCCAUGGCUGUCCAGGCUCUUCUGUAGCUUCGUUUAUGCCUCCCCCCCGCCCCCUGCAGCACCCACACCUCCCUGUCUCCCCGGUCACUUUGCCAAGUGCAAACCCUUCGCCUGGAAGCAAGGAGAGAUGCAUAUGAGACCCACCAGAGCCAGACAGCCCAGAGGACCUGCAGGGCAGGGUCGGAGCUGGUGGGGUCAGGUGAGGAGAGACGGAAAGGGAGAGGCCGGAGGAUCAGGGCAGGCCUGUCACCAUGAUGCGAGCCAGGCUCUCCUUAGGUGCUCGGGUGCCGGAAGGGUGGCAGAGGGAAGAUCGGUAGGCAGAGGUGGGGCAAGGCCCUUGCAGCCCAACUUGCUCUUGGGCCCUGGCUGUGGGGACCAGCCCGGGACGCCUGUCCCCUCGCCUCCCUUGGAAGGGUCGACAGUCCUGCGUCUCUAUGAGUCAUUCACAAUAGGACAUUCGGAAGUCACCGAGGAUGUAAGGAAGCGAGCAGGAAAAAUUAACCAGGAUCCUUUCACUCAGACAGGCUUGCUAAGAACCGGACAUACUUCUUCUUUUAAUCUUGGGAGCGUAUCCUCUGUCCUGUUGACUAUAUUGUAAUUUCGUAAUUACUGCAUUUUGUUUCUUAAAUAAAGCUUUGUAAGAUCA